AUGCUGGCUUACUUAACCUGUUUUGUUGUAGGGAGGUUUGGUAACCAAGCUGACCACUUCCUGGGAGCGCUGGAUUUUGCUAAGGGCCUGGACAGAACUUUGGUGCUUCCACCAUGGAUCCAGUACAGGCACAGAAUACCUCCGUACACAAAUCUCCAUGUGCCGUACUCAGACUGGUUCCAGGUGGAACCGCUGCAGGAGUUCCACCGUGUCCUUCCCAUGGAGGACUUCAUGCAGCAGCUGGCACCAGAACACUGGCCUCCAGAGCACCGCAAGAGCUUCUGCUUCACCAUGGCUGCACAGAGGUCUGCAGACAAGAAAACCUGUCCUGCUAAGGAGGGAAACCCAUUUGGUCCGUUCUGGGACAACUUUGAUAUAAACUUUGUGGGCUCAGAGCUAUAUGACGGGCUGUCCUACAACACCCAGGACAGAGGCAUGGUGGACAAGUGGCAGAAAAGAUAUCCGCCGGACCAGUACCCCGUGCUCGCCUUCAUGGGUGCCCCGGCCAACUUCCCCGUCCUCCCACACAACAUCCACCUCCACCGCUACAUGCACUGGUCCGACAAGAUGAUGACUGAGGUCAACAAGGUCAUUGACCAGAGCCUAUCACGACCGUUUGCUGGGAUUCAUCUCCGUAAUGGAAUGGAUUGGAAGUCAGCCUGCGAGCAUGUGGAUGAGGGCAGGCCACACCUGUUUGCGUCGGGUCAGUGUGUCGGGUACGACCGCAGGACUGCCAAGAGUCUGACCAAAGAAAUGUGUCUUCCCUCCAAGAAAGAGGUGCUUAAGGCUGUAAGAAAAGCAGUUAAAAAGGUGAAAGCCAAGUCUAUAUUUGUGGCAACAGACAAUGACCCCAUGUUACCUGAUCUAAGGAGGAAUUCAACCAAUUGACAGUGUUCCACCUGAAUCCGGAGGUUCCCCAGCUUGACCUGGCGAUACUCGGCCAGGCUGACCACUUUGUCGGAAACUGUGUCUCCACCUUCACUGCCUUCGUCACUCGUGAGAGGAAAGCUGCCAAUAAACCCACCACAUUUUUUGCAAACAACAACAAAAAGAAGAAAGACGAGCUUUGACCUGUCGAGAGUAGAGCCUGUAUUCAAUAUUGACCAACUUUAUGGAGUAGUUUUGUACUUCAGCACAUGAUGAUCUAGAUUGGCAUGAUAUUAGAUAGAACAGGUGCCUAACUAAGUAACACAUAAUGUUUGGAAGGAAUG